GAUUGGACCACCAAUGACUUGGGCUGAAAGGGCCCCUUUUCUGAAUGGGAAGUGAUGUGUAUAAGUGUGUUCUUGGACUUUGAUGGAUGGGCCAAAGCUGAAAGAAAUGAGUGGUAAAACUGUCCGGUUCAGAGUCGCGUCUGCCAACAGUGGCCGUGUGCUGGCCGAGGUGUUCAAGGAUGAAAGGACCUGGUGCAGCUCGGUUUCAGAAUCUGCAGACUCGGAUGGCACCGGCAGCACAGAGGCAGAGCAGGGAGGUCUGCCUCCGACCAGUGAGGCUAACAGGCACCUGAACGGCCUGGAUGCUGCCAUGGACGAAAACAACGGUGAGUCCGACGACCUGCUUCUGUAUGCCAGUGUCAAGAGGGAGAUGCUGUUCAGCAACAAGAGGGUCAAUAUCUGCAGUAAGAAUGGGACCAUCCGAGGGGUGAGGAACAAAGUGAGCGCAGGUCAAGUUCUUUUCAACAACCUCUCUAAUAUGUACUCUGGUCGUCAUCAGAGGAGGAGGCCCUGGGAAAAAGAGUGAUGAUUCAUGUCCCCCUAAAACACCUUUGACACUUCUUAAGAGACUUAUCUGA